GUGCCGCCGCCUUCCCGCCUGUUGCCCCGGGCCUGGCGGCGGCCGCGGCGGUCGGCGGCGCCGCGGCGGCCGCGCCCGCGGGCGGCGGUGCCGGCGCGCCCGUGGUGCCUGGCCUGGCGGCGCUGCCCGGCCUGCCGGGCUUCGGAGGCGGCGGGGCUGCUGGGGCGCCCCCGGCGGGCGGCGCCGUGCCUGACGGCGGAGGUGCUCCCCCCGGCGGCGUGGGCGCCGCGCUGGUGGGCGCGCUCGCGGGCGGCGGCGGCGGCCCUCCUGGAGGCCCUCCUCCUGGUGCGGUGCCUGGGGCCCCGGCGAUCCCUGGUGUGCCGAUCGCGGUGGCUGGCGGUCCCAUCGCCCCAGCGGGCGGCGCGCAGCUGGGACCACUCGUGGACGGUCCGUGGCGUCAGGCCGUGACUCUGAUUGGCGCCGACUGGCGCCGAGGGGUGAAUCUCGAGCUCCCGACCAUCGACGCAGCUGGAGGCAUCAGCGGGACGGCCCUCUUCGAGGUAGAGGAGAUCGGCACCACGGGCCCCUCAGGGCAGUACCUGAGCGCCCAGUUCAGGGGGGCUUCGCUGGCGGCCGAGGCGAUGCGGCUGGGCGGCCUUUUCCCACCGCGCGGCACUGGGCCUGCGGGCCUCCUGCACUUGUGCGGGCAGGGGCCGGCGCUGUGCGGGGACCCCGCUGUGCCAGGCCGAGGAGUCCUGCAUGUCGAGUGGCUGCGGCUGCGCUCGAACCGCGGGUUCGUGGAGCCGUGGGCGCGGCCGAGCGCCUUCGGUGGGCGCGGCGGCGGCGGCGCCUUGGCGGGGAGCGCCCCAGCCGGGGGCGCGGCCCCCGACCGCCUGGCGGCAGCUGCCGCGGCGCGCGCGCAGGCUGCUGCGGCGGCGCCUGGUCGCGCUGGUGGCGGUCGCGGCCGCCGCCACCCCCGGUGCCCUGUACGACCGAAGAACAUCGGGCGCGUCAUGGGCCUGCGGGAGGGGGCGGACGGCUCAGAGGUUCGAGCGAAGGUCGUGGGCUACCUGCAGGCCGUGGUGUUCGGCCAUCACCCUCCAGGGCAGAUGCGGAUCAACGCUCAGCGGGAGCUGCAGACGCUGGCGACCGCGCUGGACCUGCUGGAGAGUGGGUGCCUGGCGGAGUUGAGCGACGUGUUGAUGCAGCGCUUCAAGGCUCUGGAGCUGUCGCUGUCCGACGCGAGCUGGCAGGUAGCGAGCGAGCUGGAGAUCGCGCCGAACGCGCGGCCCUCGCUGGCCUCGAUGGGCGAGCAGGACCUGGCGCGGCGGGCGGCACUGCUGCGCAGGAAGCUGAUGGACGCGAAGAGCCGCGGCGGCCUCGGCGGCAAGGGUCAGGGCGAGGCGGCGGACGGGCCGAGGCGUGUCUCGCUGGCGACGAGCCCGGAGCGCCACGUCUUCAGGCAGGACCAGCCCGCGGCUGCGGCGGCAGCGGGCCUGCAGCAAGGUUGCCCGCUCGCGCAGACCGCCCUGGACUUCACCGUCGCGCUCGCCGCCUCCGAGAUUGCGUCCUCGUCGUGCCCGCCGGCCUGUGGCACGGAUGCCGACUGUGACGGUGAUCCGCUGGCAGAGUGGCGCGAAUGGGCUGGCGCGGCGAGUGAUCUUCUGCGAGAACCUUUUGACGUGGGCCCCGUGUUGUUGAACAUAGUCCGCCAGUUCCCAGGCUCCUUCGGUCGCUUCACUAGAUAUUCCCUCGAGGUAAAGCCACGCGAGCAUCCGGCCGACAUGGGAGGUCGGCUUCAGCGAGAUCUGUUGCCGUUACCAUACCCUUCGAUCAACAGGUCCCAGAUCGUCCGUCAGGGCGAGGGCCCUUUGAGCGACAAGGAGUGGGAAGGACUACGCUGCAGGCUGGUGGUCACUGUCCUGGCGCUAAACUGGGAGUCUGGGUUCCGCUCCCUGAAGCUGGCCAGGCUCUGCCGAGGUCGAGCCAACGCCGCGCAGCAGGCAGCCCUGGUCGCUCUCGGCCGCCGCCUCCUCUUGGCUACGCGGGCCGAAUCUGCUCUACCGCCAGAUCUUGACUGGAACGUGCGGCUGAAGGACCGCAAGAUCGGCUACGGCGGGGACGAGAUCUCGGCCCCGCAUCGGCUGACGCUGGAGCAGGUGCUGGACGGGCUGCCGCCGCCGGGCGUCGCGGCCUCCAUCGAGGCGGCCGACCUCGCGACGGGGUUCGUGCGUGAGGCCCUCCUGGACCCGACGUUGGUGCUGCUGCCCGCUGCCCUGCGGCGGCCCGCGCCGACAUCUGCGCGCGUGUGGGCCUCGCUCGAGGAGUGGCAUCGGAUCGUGCGGGCGCUCCACGAGCGCGGGAUGGCGUCGGCGAUCCCGAGCAGCGAGAUUGCCUGUCGCGACGGAGCCCCGCUCCUGAACGGGGCGUUCGGGGUGCCCGAGCCCCGCGACGAGCCCGUGGUCUGCAGCGACGGCGAGCGCAGGGCGGUCCUGAGGCCGAUCACCAACCUCAUCCCCUCGAACGCGUGCCAGGAGUGCAUCGUGGGAGACACCCCUGAGAUGCCGACCAUGAGCCAGCUGAACGGCCUGGUGCUGACCGAGUCGGAGGAUCCCCUGUGGAGCGGCGCGGACAGAAAGGCCUUCUUCUACGUCUUCCGCGCGCCGCCUGCGUGGUGGCCUUACAUGGUGAUAGGGCCGCCCGCCCCCUCGGAGUUGCUUGGCCUGAAGGACGGUGGGGCCACGCACAUCUGCCUGCGGGUGAUCGGCAUGGGCUGGAUCAGUGCCGCGGGCGUGACGACCCACCUCCACCGGAACAUGCUGCGGCGGAGCGCCUCUGUCCCUCGCGGCCUGCCGCCCAGCCAGGAGAUCACUCGGCGCCGACGGCUGCUGUUCAGCGUGGAGAAGCCGUGCCCUCCGGCGUGGAUGGUCUACAUUGACAACCUGGGGGUCGCGGAGGUCGCGAGCAAGUCCGAGGCCGCGACGUUGCGAGGGACGGUGCCCGAGCUCAUCUCCGAGGCUCGCGCCUGCUAUGCGGCUGCGGGCUCCCCGGGGUCGCCGUCCAAGGACAUCCAUCGAGUGCCUCGAGCGACAACCUUGGGGGAGCUCAUCGACGGGGUCGAGGGCGUGCGGCGCCCCCCUGCGGGUUACCUUGCCGAGAUGGCCAGCCUCGCGCUGUGGACGCUGAGCAAGAAGCGGGCCAGCAUGCGGCUGGUGCGCAUUCUGCUGGGCCGCUGUGUUCGUGUGCACUGCUUUCGGCGGCCGCUGGCGGCCAGCUUUGCCUACACCUGGAAGUGGCUCGGGAACCCGCGCACUGGCGGCCGCUUCAGCGUGAGCGUGGUCGAGGACCUCUUGAUGUGCCUUGCGCUGUCAGGGCUUUGCGUCGCUGACCUGCGCCUCGAGGUCGACCCCCUGGCGACCGCGUCGGAUGCCUCGGAGGCCGCUGGCGCCGUGGUCUACGGCUACGCCCUCUCCGACCGCGGGCGCGCGCUGGCCGAGAGGCGGCAGCGGCCCGCGAACGCCGCCUGCGAGGAGGAGACCGCCCUCGUGACUGUCUUCGACGGCAUCGGCGGUGGGCGCCGGGCUUUCGAGAUCCUCGGACUGGUCCCUGCCGUGCACCUGUCAUUCGAGGUUGACCCCACGGCGGUGCGGGUGGCCCGGCGCAGCUACCCCAGCACGCAGCACCUGGGGGACGUGACGGAGGCGGACCCGGUGGCCCUGGCAGCCCUGCUGCGCUCCCGAGGCCGGGUGUCGCGUGUGCCGGUGGUGGGCGGCUUCCCGUGCCAGGUCUUCGCGGGUCUCAACGUCGCUCGGCAGGGUCUCGACGACCCGCGCGCGGGCCUGGUUGACCACAUGGUGCGGAUCGUGGACGGGCUGCGGACGGCCAUGCCGGAGGCGUCGAUCGACUUCCUCGGGGAGAACGUCGCGUCGAUGCCCGAGUGCGACGUGCUGCGCCUGAACCAGCUCUUCGGCCGCAUCCCGCUGGAGAUUGAAGCGGGGGGUGUCGGCUGGGUCAGACGUCCGCGGCUCUACUGGGCUUCGUGGGACCUCCUGCCGUCCUUCGAGGCUGAGCCCGUCGUGGUGCGGGCGAAGACCCAGGACGUUCGGCGCGCCUGCAAGGUGGCGCUGAAGGCGGAGCGGCCGCCGCUCGAGGAGUGGCUCCCGCCCGGGGCUGUGUGUCCGGGUCCUGCUGCAGGGGAGCCGCUCCCGACCUUCGUGCGCUGGACGCCGCGCUCGCAGCCGCGCCCCAGGCCUGCGGGCAUUGGGGGGUGCAGCGCUGCUGAGCUGGCGCGCUGGGAGGCGGCGGGCUUCGCUUCGCCGCCCUACCAGUUCCGUGACAAGUGGUGCAUCCACCAGGCGGAUGGCCGCGUGGAGCCGCCUGACGCGACCAUACGAGAGAAGCUGAUGGGCUUCCCGGAGGGCCACACCGUGCCGUGCAUGACGAGCAGCCAGGCGAAGGCCGAGCCCGCCAAGUACGAGGCUCUUCGGCGGUCGCUCGUGGGCAACUCCUUCCAGUGCGAGGUCGUGGCCUGGAUCAUCAGCCACUGGGCCGUCGGAGCUGGGCUGCUGGUCUCGGUGCCCUCGCUGGGUGAGCUGCACGAGAGCGCGCGAGCCUGGGCUGGUGGCAGGAAGCUGUGGGCCGGCGACGUGACGUCGCUGCGGUGCGGUCGCUCCGAGAUCGACGAGGGCCUGCGCGCCAGGCUGGACCAGGCUGGCGGGCCCAUCUACGUGGGUCGUGGGUCUCGCCGCUGGGGGCUGGCUGCCUCGCGGUGGGGCAACCCUUUCACGAUCAGCCCCGAGCGGUCACGCGAGGACGCUGUUGCCCUGUUCGCUGGUUGGAUCCGCACGCAGCCCACCCUCCUGCAGAGCUUGGAGACGCUGCGCGGGGCCCUACUGGUCUGUCACUGUGGGCCCGACCAGGCGUGCCAUGCCGACAUCCUCUUGGCGGAGUUGGCGAAGCGUGACGUGGUGGAGUGA